AUGGCUGUAAUCAAAAAGGGUCCGAUAUCUAGUGGCCUUCAAAUUCCUGAAUUGACAGGAUCAUCCGUGACGGACUAUGAGCUCAUCUCAUUCUCGGAUUAUAUUAAAUGUGUGAAGAUUAUGUGCCGUAAAUCCCCCGAUGAUAGUAUAUUGGGCUCCACACGAGCUUGUGCCUAA